AUGCAGGCUGGUGUCAACUUCUUCGACAAGACCUGGACUCAGGCUUCAAAGCCCGCGUUUAAGGCCAAACGCCAGGCUGUCAGCUAUCCUACUACAGCCAAAUUCACGUCGGCUGUCAACACUCUGAUCAGCAGCCUUUCCACGUCAAACAUGCAAACGAACCUCCAGGGGCUUACCGAGUUCAACAACCGCUACUACCGAGCCUCUACCGGUUCUCAAGCUGCUACCUGGCUCAAAAACCUUGUCGAAUCCACCAUCGAUGCUGCUGGCGGUGGUGGCACUGUGGAGUUCUUCACCCACUCCUUUGCUCAAUCGAGCAUCAUUGCCAGAGUUCCAGGCAAGAGUGAUGCGACCAUUGUCGUCGGCAGCCACUUCGAUAGCAUCAACCAGAACAACCCCAGCAGCGGCCGCGCCCCUGGCGCUGAUGACGAUGGAAGCGGCACUGUGACCAACCUCGAGAUUCUCAAGGCCUACCUCGCCAGCAGUGCUGUCAGGAACGGCCAGGCCGAAAACACCGUCGAAUUCCAUUGGUACGCUGGUGAAGAGGGCGGUCUGCUUGGAUCGCAAGCUAUCUUCGAUUCUUAUGCUAGCGAGGGCCGCAAUGUUAUCGCCAUGCUCAAUUUCGACAUGACUGGAUAUUCUGCCGGCAUGACCAAUGCUGGUCAGAGCAAGUCGCUGGCGGUUGUUACCGACUACGUGAACAACGCCCUCAGCACCUUCACCCGUCUCAUGAUCAGAACCUACACCACUCUCCCAAUCACCACCAGCACCUGCGGCUACGCCUGCUCUGAUCACGCCUCGGCAACUGAUGCUGGCUUCCCGUCGGCAUACAUCUUUGAGAGCCCUGAUGCAUACUCUUCCCCGUACAUCCACACCGCCUCUGACACCAUCAGUACCGUUGAUUUCGGUCACGUCCUCAACCACGCAAAGGCUGGUCUCGGCUUCGUUUACGAGCUUGCCUUCACUGGCUUCUAG